AAAUUGUUCGAUAAUUAAAACAAGGACUUGGGGGAGAGAAAACGUUUCUUCAAGGGGUCUUUAAAGCAUUUGACUAAACAAUUUACAGAGAGAUCGUAAAAAAGUAUGGCUGAGACCAUCACUGAUAACAAAAAGUAGGAGUGGAUUAGUACGAGUUAUUGGACGGGAGAAUAAACAGCUUCAGAAUUGAAGAAGUUCGAGAAAUUGAAAAAUGUUGCAGUGCAUAUUUCUCCUAUCAGAUUCCGGGGAAGUGAUGUUGGAAAAACAGCUCACGGGUCACCGGGUCGAUCGCUCCAUAUGUGCAUGGUUUUGGGACCAAGUACAUACUCAAGGAGAUUCUUUGAAGAGCGUACCUGUUAUUGCUUCACCCACCCACUAUCUGUUCCAAGUGAUCCGUGAGGGAAUAACGUUUUUGGCUUGCACCCAAGUUGAGAUGCCACCUUUAAUGGCUAUUGAGUUUCUUUGCAGGGUAGCUGAUGUUCUUACAGGUUAUUUGGAUGGCCUGAAUGAGGAUCUGAUUAAGGAUAAUUUUGUUAUCGUUUAUGAGUUGCUGGAUGAGAUGAUAGACAAUGGCUUCCCUCUAACAAUGGAACCUAAUAUAUUAAGGGAAAUGAUAGCUCCUCCUAAUAUUGUUAGUAAGGUUUUGAGUGUUGUCACUGGUAACUCAUCCAAUGUGAGCAAUACACUUCCAGGUGGCACAUCAUCAUGUGUUCCAUGGAGAAAGACUGACCUUAAGCACACCAGCAAUGAUGUUUAUGUCGAUCUUGUUGAAGAAAUGGAUGCUACUAUAAACAGAGAUGGGGCUCUGGUAAAAUGCGAGAUAUAUGGUGAAGUACAAGUAAAUUCUCACCUAUCAGGUCUACCCGAUCUCACACUCUCGUUCGCCAACCCUUCAGUUCUUAAUGAUGUGAGGUUUCACCCUUGUGUUCGACUCCGGCCUUGGGAGUCAAAUCAGAUCUUAUCUUUUGUGCCGCCUGAUGGGCAAUUUAAGCUCAUGAGUUACAGAGUAAAAAAGCUGAAGAAUAUUCCAAUUUAUGUGAAGCCGCAACUGACAUCCGACUCAGGGAUUUGCCGUAUAAGCGUAUUGUUGGGAAUACGAAAUGAUCCUGGAAAGUCAAUUGACACUAUAACAGUUCAAUUCCAAUUACCACCUUGUGUCGUGUCGUCUGAUCUUUCUUCUAAUUGUGGAUCAGUAAAUGUUCUUGCUGAUAAGACAUGUUUGUGGACGAUUGGGAAAAUCCCAAAAGAUAAAGCUCCUUCAAUGUCUGGAACCUUGGUGCUUGAGAGUGGCAUGGAGAAACUUGAUGUAUUUCCCACUUUUAUAGUGGGUUUUAGAAUUAUGGGUGUGGCCCUAUCCGGCUUAAAAAUCGAAAAAUUGGAUAUACUGAAUUUGCCCACGCGUUCAUAUAAAGGCUUUCGAGCUCUCACCAGAGCCGGUGAAUUUCAAGUGAGAUCAUGAGCUUUAGUGUUAAAAAAGGCGAAUAUGCAUUGAGGACAUAACUAUUUUGUUUCGAGAUUGGUGGUUUGUCUUGUUGAUGUUGUGCAUUUGAACAAUACGUUUCGAUGCAUUUGAAUUUGUGCUUUCCAGCUCUUCUGUAACUGUAGACAAGAAGUAAAUGUAAUUUUGAAUCAUAGACAUUUGAAAGGGAUGGAGUGAUUUGCUACUCAUCGUCUUGAUUUUCA